UCACAAUUGUUCAAGCUACGGUACCUCUUAGUGUGAUUUACACGAUAGUGAGUCAAAGAUGAUUGUUAAGAACAAAUCUUGUCGAAUAUGCACUGCUUAAUGUUAAAGUGAAUAGAAGCUCCGUCUCCUGCCAAAAUGGCAAUUGGAAAUAUUAUCUGUGGUGCGAAUACACCCAAAGUGAAGAAAAAGAAAAUUAAGACAACUGAACGCAGUUGGAUAGAAGCAACAUUUCAAAAGAGGGAAUGCUCCAAGUUUAUUCCAAGUGCAGAGGAUGAGCACAGGUUUGUACAAGUACAGGGAGAUAAGAAUGCAGAAUAUGAUGUGAUCACUACUUCCAGAUGCUGUUGUGGCAAAUCAUACACGCAUCAUUGUGGAACUGGGGCGGAUGUUCAGAGUUACAGCACUGGAGACACCAAGGAGAAAGAUCGAGAGCAGUGGUCUCCCGGAAAGAAUACUCGUCCCUUUCCCACUGAUGCAUAUGGUACUAUAGAAUUUCAGGGAGGUCCGCACCCAACAAAAGCACAGUAUGUAAGAUUGGCUCAUGAUACGCGGCCGGAACCGAUCGUGCAAUUAUUAUGCCGGGAGUGGAAUUUAGGCUUGCCCAAAUUGUUAAUUACGGUUCAUGGCGGCCGGUCAAACUUUGAACUACAGCCCAGCUUGAAGAAAGUAUUGCGUAAAGGUUUAUUGAAAGCUGCUAAAACCACAGGAGCAUGGAUAUUCACGGGAGGAACGAACACAGGUGUUACGAGACAGGUCGGUGACGCGUUGCUCUUGGAACGUUCUCAACGACAAGGUCGUGUUGUGAGCAUAGGCAUUGCCCCUUGGGGAAUUUUGGACAAGAGCCACGAGUUAGUCGGCCGUGGUGGAGAAGUGUCAUAUGAUUGCGUUUCCUCGCCGUGGACGAAAUAUACAGUAUUAAAUAACCGACACGCUUACUUUCUAUUAGUCGACAAUGGCACUGGCGGUCGGUACGGUGCAGAAAUUGUUCUCCGUAGGAAAUUAGAGAAAUACAUCUCAAAUCUGAAGCUACAACCAUAUACACACAGCAGCAUACCUGUAGUUGCGUUAGUCAUUGAGGGUGGUACAAAUACAAUUCGCGCGGUUUUAGAGUACGUGACGGACGACCCACCUGUACCCGUUGUAGUUUGCGAUGGUUCGGGACGUGCAGCCGAUCUAAUCGCUUUUAUGCACAAAUGGAGGGAUGGGCAGACUGGUGACGGAGAAGGGCCGCUGGAAGGCGUCAAGGAACAAGUUUUAGAAACCAUCAAACGUACUUUCCAAGUUUCCGCCGAACAGGCGAGCCAGCUCUGUUCGGAACUUUUGCAGUGUACACGAAAGAAACAUUUGAUCACUGUGUUCAGGAUAUCGCAGGAUAGGCCGCAAGAACUCGAUCAAACCAUACUGACAGCUUUGUUCAAGUCGAAACAGUUGUCCCCGGCUGAACAGUUGUCUCUUUCUCUGAUAUGGAACCGAGUGGAUAUCGCCCGAAGCGAAAUAUUCGUGUACGGUCAAAAAUGGCCACCGGGUGCUUUAGACCAGUCAAUGAUGCAGGCGCUUCAGCAUGAUAGAAUAGACUUUGUGAAACUUCUACUGGAAAAUGGCGUAUCCAUGCGGAAAUUUUUAUCAAUACCGCGUCUUGAGGAGCUGUAUAAUACGAAAGAAGGCCCAUCGAACACGUUGGGCUACAUCCUGCGCGACGUAAGGCCGAAUAUUCCACGGGGCUACAUGUACACGCUGCACGACAUCGGCCUCGUGAUCAACAAGCUGAUGGGUGGAGCGUAUCGCGCGCAAUACACACGCCGGAGAUUCCGUGUGAUCUACACGAAGGUGAUGAAGAGGUCCGGCGGCGGCCACCAACAGCACAUGCAUCGGAACAGCUGUGCUGUGAACUGCAAUACGCGCUAUUACGCGAGCUCCGGAGGGAAGUCCGACAGUCUGACCAUGAGCCUGCUCGCCGAAACGCUACCAGCUAAUCGUGACACUCCCCUUUUCGACUACCCCUUCAACGAGCUGCUCAUUUGGGCCGUAUUGACGAAGCGUCAACAGAUGGCCUUGUUAAUGUGGCAACACGGAGAAGAAGCGUUGGCCAAAGCACUUGUUGCGCUCAAAUUGUACAAGGCUAUGGCGCACGAGGCGGCCGAGGACGACCUGGAGACCGAGGUUUACGACGAAUUGCGCGGCUACGGCAAAGAAUUCGAAAAUAUCGCCCUCGAAUUAUUGGACUACUGCUACCGGCAGGAUGACGAUCAAACGCAGCAGCUGUUAACUUCGGAACUUCAGAAUUGGUCGGGACAGACGUGCCUGUCUCUCGCGGUUACAGCAAACCAUCGACCAUUAUUAGCGCAUCCGUGUAGCCAAAUUAUUCUGGCUGACUUGUGGAUGGGUGGCCUUCGUACUCGUAAAAAUACUAAUUUAAAGGUAAUUUUGGGGUUGCUCUUCCCCGUGUACAUAGCACGAUUGGAGUUUAAGAGCCGGGAAGAAUUGCAGCUGAUGCCUCAGACGCAAGAGGAACACCUGAUAGCUCUAGAAGACGAGAAGGAAGACAGCGACUCCGAACAUAGUGCACCAGCAGGACCGGAUGUUGAGGCUUUAAUUAGCAACGAACACUGUACCACAAUAGUGAAGGAGACAAUUGUCCAAGAGAAUGGGAAAGUACUAACGGACCACGACGACGGUAUUCAUCGCGCUUACGGUCUUCGAUCUGAGUACUAUGAUAAUAAAACAACCAGGCCAUUAAGAUUAAGGAAGAAGCUAUACGAGUUCUAUACCGCUCCAAUCGCGAAGUUUUGGGCGAACGCCAUAGCGUACAUUAUCUUUUUAAUUUUCUUCUCGUACUGCAUCCUCAUACACAUGGACGAUCACCCGUCAUUAGCCGAGAUAUACGCAAUCGCGUACAUCUGUACGCUCGGAUGUGAGAAAGUACGCGAGAUCGCAACGUCGGAACCGGCGACGCUCUCGCACAAGUUUAGCGUGUGGGCGUGGAACAUGUGGAAUCCGUGCGACGCAGCUGCGAUCAUAUUUUUCCAAAUCGGACUAGCUUUACGUCUGCGACACUUGACUCUAGAUGUAGGUCGCGUCAUAUACUGUGUUGAUUGCAUCUACUGGUAUUUACGAAUACUCAACAUCCUUGGUGUCAACAAAUAUUUCGGUCCUCUGCUGACUAUGAUGGGGAAAAUGGUUAAGAACAUGAUAUAUUUCGUUGUGCUGUUGCUGGUGGUGCUCAUGAGUUUCGGCGUGGCGAGGCAAGCCAUAUUAAAUCCAAAUUCGGAGCCGAAGUGGCGUAUAGUACGAGAUAUAUUUAUGGAGCCGUACUUUAUGCUGUAUGGAGAAGUGUACGCGGACAAUAUAGAUCCGGAUUGCGGGAACGAGCCGGGAAUGAUGCCGUGCCUUCAAGGUCGUUGGAUCGUGCCUGCUGCAAUGUCCGUGUAUCUUUUAAUUGCCAAUAUUUUGCUCAUAAAUCUGUUAAUCGCGGUAUUUAACAAUAUUUUCAAUGAGGUGAAUGCUAUAGCUCAUCAAGUCUGGAUGUUCCAACGCUUUACCGUCGUAAUGGAAUAUGAGCAGAAACCGGUAUUGCCGCCGCCACUUAUAGCGGUUUGCCACAUAUAUUUACUGCUGAGAUAUUUUCUGAGGCACGUUACGCAAAAUAAAGGCGGCACGGGCGAGACCUGCGACAACGGGCUGAAGUUGUUCCUGGAGCCCGACGACAUGGAACGUCUGUACGACUUCGAGGAGGAUUGCGUCGAGGGCUACUUCCGCGAGCAAGAGCUCAAGCUGCAAAUGUCCACGGAAGAGCGCGUGAAGGUUACGACCGAUCGAGUGGAAAAUAUGCAUCAGAAGAUCGAGGAUAUCGACAAGAAAGAGAGCAAUCAGAACGCGUCUCUUCAGGCUGUCGAGUUCCGCAUCCGCAAGCUGGAGGAGCUGAGUCAGCAGACACUGGCGCACCUCGGAGUGAUACAUCGUUUCAUGGCGACAUACAUGCCAAAUGAAGGACUGUCCGGCUUGGAGCUGGACGUUCGGCAGCGCCGGGUGUCCGAGCGAUCGGAGGCCUUCUCCGAGGCGGACUCGCACACGCAGCUGCCGACGUUGGCGCGACGCAAGAGGCUGCUGCGUUCCUUCACCGACGCCACCUUCCUGAACGUCGGCCAGCCAUCGGUGGAAGACGACGGCUUGAAGAUGUCCGAGACCGUGACCUCCCGCGAGAAUCUCAGCAGGAACUCCUCCGUGAGCGUGGACGCCCAGGCCGGUCAGGACGACGUCAAGACGAUGACGAGCGUGGAGACCGAAGGCAGCAAAGACGUGCUCGAAGCCGGCGGUGAGGGAGCGGCGAAGAAGGAGCCGAUGACGACGACGACGCAGCCUGAGAGAUCGGUGAGCCGCGAGGUCAGCCGGGAGGCGAGCAGAGAGAUCAGUCGGGAGGUCAGCAUGGAGACCAGCAGGGAGAUCAGCAGGGAGCCGAGCAGGGAGGUCAGCCGGGAGACCAGCCGGGAGGCGAGCAAGGAAGCCAGCAGCGAGAACCCACCGUCGGACACUAGGCAAGACUCCACGGAGCGUCCUACGUUCCGGCAGAACAGCCGUACCAGGUCCGAAUCGGACGACAUCAUGCUCCUGCCGCCGCCCGGCAUUCAGAGAGCCGUCACUUGGGCGGAGCCUCGCGUCGCCGUGAUCCCCUCGUCCGUCACGUCCGCCGGUAGCGCCCAGAGGUCGAUCCUGCUGACGAUGCGCGCCGAGUACACCAGCAUAACGGACGAGCUCGAGAGCUACUGCGGCUUGCUGAGUCCGCCGCGAACACCGCCGGUAUCGCCGCCGCCGUCGCGGGGCCGCAACAUGUCCGAAAUCUCGAAUCCCGAGAUGGCCUGGCAGAUCGAGAACGAGCACCUGCGCGACGCCGAGGAGUGCGACUAUCAGCAGAUGGAGGAUCUGAUUCAGCGGCGGUACCGGGAAGACGACGAUGACGGUGGCGAUGGCGGCGGCGUCUGCGACGACGACGAGCAGCCGCCGAACGCGACGGACGAGGCCGGCGUCGCGUGCUUCUUCAGCGUCUCCGAUCAUCGUCAGCUGCGCCGCGCCUCCGCGAUCGACGAGGACUCGCGCAGGCCUGCGCCGACCAUCAGCGUCACCAGGGAGAUCGAGCAGACGCUGUCGCGGCCCCCGAUACGCGACUCGGAGACCGCCGAUCCGAACGACAAGAAUCUUAGCACCGUACCUGCCCCCGCUUCGGAGACCAUGUGCUAGGCGAAGCGAGAUGCCGUUCUGUUAUUGUUGUUGUCUGCUCCGAGGAUGCUCCGGGAAGUAUGCGCGAUUAGUUUGUGCGAUCUGAGGGCUCGUAGACCGGUAUUCGUGGAUCGGAUCUUGUAUUUAAGGACCUCUUAAGCUCAUCUCCGGUUGCUUGAUUUAAAAAAUUAAAGUCGACCUUGAAAUCAUGUUUAAAAGAAUAGCUUGAUAAUGUAAUAAUGUUACCAUUUUAUGCCUCCCAUGAAAUCUUACAACUUUUGUCUUUGAAGUUUUUUUUUUCUCGAAUGAUUCAUUUCUUUCGAUACAUUUAGUCUGUAACACUUUAUGUAAGCCGCCUGUAUGAAGUAGUUAUUUAUUAUUAAUACGGAUUUUUAAAAAAUUAUGCGUGCUGAUAACGUUAUAUUAUAUAUUUAUUUACAAUGCGUAUUCGGUUGUAAUUCUGAAUGAAGGUGACAUGUGCAAUCAUUGCUUAACAUAUUAACUUCAUUGAGCGCACACACAAUUUAUCUUUUUCGGCAAGAAGUAAAUGCGGCAGGUGUUAUUUGAUGUUAAAUAUAAGAUCUGACUAUGAAUACCGCCCUCUUAGAGCCGACGAUCAUCGGUUAUCGGUUUAGCGAUUAUAUUUCUGCUGUCGGAUAUAGCAUAUCCUCUCGGUUUUCGGUGCGAGUCGAACUUGUUUUACUGCGAAAACAGAUGUUGCGUUUUUCGGGGACACUCAACGGUUAUCAGUGAUCAGACUUAAUUUCCGACGACCAUCUUAUCCGACGGCAUGCCAAACUACGUCAUCCAUGUAACGUAGUUACGCAUCGACACGCGUAUUAGACGGUCUCACGGGAGGUCUUUUUUCGCGACCUUUGUCUCGAAGGAAAUCUAGCUCGAGCUCGGACGCUCAUAAGUAUGCGAAAUCAUUUCGCACGCAUGGCCUAAGUAGUACAUUUUUUAGUGGACUAAGUAAUUAUACAUUUUACGUAUAAUAUUCAUGUGUGAUUUUUAUCGAUUUUUAUAUUACAUUAUUGCGUCCGUGCUUCUGAUCCUCUAUAGUGAACGGACGACGCGUUACAAUUAUCUUAUUGGUCUCUCGAUAUAUUAUCACAUAGAGCACAUACACACACACACAUACACACGCAUACACACACAGGAGAACGUCGGAUUUUGAAUUCCUUUUGUGCACCAUUGUCUCAAGCCGUUUACCGUAUCUUUGUCCCAGAAUCUUAUCCGAUGCAUCGAAUUACAUGAAAGUCGUACGAUGUACUACUGUGUUCCGCGGGAGAAAGUUACAUUCUCUCUACUUGUGUCCACCGUCGUCUGCAUUCUGUGCAUUCGAAGUCCUUCCAUUCGGUAGAUUGGCGUAACUUGGCGAUUUUAUAUACAUGCACCUUUAUUUUAGCAGAUAUAUAUACACAUAUAUAUAUAUAUAUACAUAUAUACAUAAUACUACCAUUUUAGAUUGGGAUAUCGGAGACGCUCCUAUAUAGAGUAUCUACUGUACAUAACUCACACAAUGAUACUGAAUUAGUCAGCGAACGGGUCGCAUCCUCGCUGAUACGUUUUUGCGCAUGGUUCGAGUGAAUGACGGACUUAAUUUGCGAAAGCUCGAGGCGCGCACGUGGGGGAAUCCGGGGGCGUUGAAGGUGCAGGCUCUCUCAUCGUGAAUCGAUUUCUAGUAUGUAAAUACGUUGCCCGCGCGGGUCGCAGUAGAACUGCGUCCCAGGCGUCGCGGCUUUAUUAUCCUUACUGCCGGAUACUUCGAUCGACUUUUUUGAGGUGUAUUUAGGGCCUUACAGCGCGCACUUUCAGCUGCGUCAGACUUUCACGGACCAUUUAUAAAAGCGAACCAUAUCACGCAGACACGUGUUCGUACGAACCAAGCCAAUCUGCGUUAGUACAAUUGCAACUAUCUAAAACGAAAAGAAAACUUUGAUACCUGUACCUAAAAUGCCUAAAUGUAUAGAGAUAUAUUUGUGCGUGUAGUUGUUAAAUCGGAGAUGAAGGUGAGGGACGGCGAAUUCUCAAGCGUGUUCAGCGAACGUUCGUAGUAACUUUAACUGUGUGAACUAAUAUGUAGCAAGUCGGUCGCAAACUUCGUUUCGAGUGUUAGCAACUUUCUAUAUACAUAUAUAUAUAUAUUUUUUUUUCCCGUCUGGAUUAUCAUUAUUCUUGUACGAUGUCGAAUCACUGGAUAUUGUUGACAGCCACACUUUCAUUAAGUCGAACCGUUAUUUGUACGACACCGUCAAUGGAGACGGCAAUUGUACGUUCUCUCCGAAUAUUUUGCCGACCCGAUCGAUGAUCCGAGUACAUCGCGAUAUCGGUGUUCUCACACACCUGUGAGAUAUAUAUACACACACACGUUCUCUAAAUUUCACUUUAACUCCACGUCAAGUCUUCGAACUUCGUCCUAAUAAAGAAGAAUCGAAGAAACAGAGAUGUGUAUCUCUCUCGCGCGAUGACGUAAUACUUGAACUUGGUGGAAGUUUCGAAGACUAACUAGUUUCUCAAAGAUACGUAUUAUCGAUCCUGAUAGCAUAGAGUAUCCUUGAUCCUUGGCAAGAGGCUAACGUGCUCCUUCAAGACGAGGCUCGAACGAUUUCGUUAUUAAUAUCGAUGUAAAAUCGAAAGCAAUAUUAUACAUUUAUAAGUACACACGAUCGAUGGGAUUAUUAAUACGUCGUGUAUGAGCAAUAUUUAAUUGCACAAUAAUUACAUUCGAACACUUGAUCGGGACAAUAUUAGUGUUCAUACGACGUUGAUUAUGCUUGCAUUAAUUCCCACGGUUACCCGUAACAUUAAUUUGUACAUAAAAUUGUCAGAAAUCGUUCGCCAGCGAGUGGAAUAACAUCGCUUAGAUGCAUUUCUAUUAUUCGUAUUACAAUAUUUAUAGGAAGGAAGCGUAAUUUUAAUGUGUUUACUGAACAUGUUAUGCAAUGAUAUGUGCAACACAUACAUACACGUAUACACACACGAUGAAUCAUUUGCUCAAUUUUAUUUUCAUAUAUGCAAUAUAGAUAAAUGUUUUGCGAUAUCGAGAGAGAAAGAGAGAGAAAGGGAGAGACGGAGAGAAAGAGAGAGAGAGAGAGAGAGAGAGAGAGAGAGAGGGAGGAAAACAGGAGAGACGGAACAUUUUCUCGAUAUGAAUAUGUAUAUAAACACACAAUAUACGGUGCGAUUAAUACAAAUUUUCGAGCACACACAUACACACACCCACAC